CGCUCUCCUCUUCCUCCCUCUCCAGUCUCCACGCACCAUAUAUACGCUCUGCUGAGCAUUUUGUUGCAAAGUCACCUACACACACAUACCAAUAUACCAUGGCGCCAUCGGUGGCCUGCUCCUUCUUCUUCGACAACGAGCUGAUCGGCGAGCCCGGCAUGCCGGCGAUGGACGCGUGCGCGCUCUGCGCCAAGCCACUGGCGCGUGACCGCGACGUCUUCAUGUACAGAGGGGACACGCCCUUCUGCAGCGAGGAGUGCCGCCACGAGCAGAUGCACCUCGAUGCCGUCUGCGCCAAGCAGGCCACCCGGAGGCAGCAAAGAUUCUCGGCGGAGACGGAGUCCAACCGUCACCGUGGGCAGAGGCAGUCCAGGAAGGUGUCGGUCGCGAGCUAACCGGCUGGCCGCUGAAAGUUUUGUUUGGAUCGACAAGAUCUGAAUUCAGAAGAAUACAGCACCUGUAUUCUAAAGAAUCAUCGUCGUCUCCGUCUCUCCGGCCGGUGCUCUAGCCUGGUCCGGUGGAGGCACCAGAGGCAGCUUGGCGCCGCCUACAGGAGGCAAGGCAAGGCAGCAGCAUCAGGCGGCACCAAGCAUAGGUGUCUGUAGCUUCCCAUAUCUGUCCAUCGCUAGCUGAUUAGGCUCCCCAGAUGGGAGGAAAUUCUACUUGUUCUCGGUCCAAAAUAGAAAAGUAAUCGCCAUGGAUCUGACGAGAGCAAUCAAACAUGAUUAAUCGCCCUCCCUUGUUUAGUUUCCCUUUAAUGAUUCGAUCCUGUUUGGUUUUGGAUACCACAUCCACAUGCAACAGCAGUGUCACUGUAAAUACAUCAUGGCAACCAACCUACAAAUUAUCUUGCCCCUAAAUUUUGUUAUGCUUUUCGGAUUUA